CUUUUCCUAUCCUGGAAAAUACUGUGUAUUUGAGCUUUCUCUCUCUUUUUCCUGUCAUUUUUAUAGUCUUGGAGCUCUUGUGUAAGGCAGCGUCCUGACCCUAGCUGGGGGUGUUCCUGGGUAACUUUGUAGCAUGAUAUGUUGUGAGCUAGCUCUGUAUUGCUGGGAGGGGGUCUGCGCCCUUCGCAGUGAGCUACAUCUCUUGUGUGCUGUGUCCCGCUCCAGCCCCAGCCUGGGCUACACCCAGCCCAGCUGACCAUGUUUUAUGUCACAGAAAAAUAAAGAUGCUUGGUGACAAAUAAACCCAGUCUGCUUUAUCUGGUGGGUUCUAGGGUAGAGGUAGGUGGGUUUCAGGGGAGGUCAGUGGCUGUGUGUGCCCCCAAGGGAGUGGGAGAAACAAAAGUGGCCAGGAGGAUCCAUGCCUGGGUCCCGGGGUUAUGUGCCACUUCCUUGGGUGCCUGUUUGCUCGUUCACAGACUCUCAGAAUGGUGUCGACUUCUGCAUCCACUCCCUGUGCCCACAGUCGAGAACACGCGGGUGCCUGCCUUCGUAAUGUACAUGUGCCCCCUGGCAGAAUUUCUCUGAUUUUUGUGUGUGCUCAGACAUCGUCUAGAGCCCUUGAAAACAGUUUUCCAUUGACAUUCUAUGAACUUCCCUCCCAAAACAAAACAAAACAACAAAAACACUCCGUAAAUUCCAUGAGCAAAUUUCAAAUCUGGUCUUUUCUCUAACGCUGGUGGAGUGGGCUUUUAAAGCGGCAUUAGCCAGCGGGCGGUCACAGCCUCCGCAGGCGCCCUGAAACUGGCCCUAGGCCGGGGAAGAAGGGCUGGGGGCCUCCGCUGCAGCUCCUACCCCGCCUUUAAGCAAGGCGAGGGCGCCCCUGGGACCCGCACUGCGGCAGAGGUGUGCAGGGAGGGGCAGGGGCCGCAGACCCCGGCUGCGCAGCCUCUGCAGGGCAAAUGGGUGCGGGGAAGGGGCGAGGGAGGCAGGCAGAGCAUCCUGACCUGGUCCUGCAAGGGCCUCCAUUCCGGCUUCGGGAGUGGGCAGGGCUCCCCGUCUGGGGGGCUCUUUUCCCGAAAACCGCGCCCCAACGGGUCUCUCAAACCUGCGGCCCCGAGCCCGGGCUGCCUCGGCGGUAAGAUGGCGCCGGUGUAAGAGCUGCCUCCUCGUAGUGAUGGGGAAAGGGUCAUAAAUCCGUUGUUGUUUAUGAAAAUUUACAACUUUGCAAUACAACUUUAUGAGUUGUUCGGCCCUUCCAUUGGCCGCUGUCGGUCAUGUGGAUGGGAACCGUGAACAUGAACUUUUUUAUAAUUUCCCUUGCGAGAAUAGAGCCGCAUUCUUUUGCUCCGCUCCGUCCUGCCUGCUUCGGAGGAGAGCUCAGCCUUUGCCAGCCCGGCUCGGGUGCGCUUUGUCCGGCGAUGGCGAGCCAGGGGAAGCCCCGGCCAGGCCCGGCCCGGCUGCUUCUGCCGGAGGAGGUGGAGCGCUCCCGCUUCCCGGCGCCGCCGCGGCCGCUUCCCAACUCGCAACCUGGCUAAUUUCCUGCGUCCUCUGGCACCAGGAAAGGAGGAUGAUUCGUCUCCCGGGCGGUCGAGCGACAGCUGUCAGAGGGGCCAGGAACUCUUGGCAGCCGCCAUCUGAAGGCUACGUGUGCCCGCCUGGCUAUUCACAUUGUCAAUUUUAGGUCCAGAAGUGUCCAAACUACAAGUGCUCAAAAAAAAAAAAAAAAAACCCUCUGAAAGAUGGCUCCCUUCGAGUUAAGAGCGUCCGGACGCGGGGCGAGUCGAAUCCCGGAGCCAGUGCCUGGGGCCCCGGCCGAUUCCUGGUUGCGAUUUAAACUCCGUUGGAGGUCUGCGCGGGGCGGCCAUUGGCGGCGGAGUGUCACGUGACCGCGGGGGCGUGCCAAUGUGCGCCCUCACGGGUGUCCAGCCCCGGUCAGAGCGUGCGAUCAAGACCGUGAAACAACGCGAUGCAAAAGGCAACCUACUACGACAGCUCGGCGAUCUACGGUGGCUACCCUUACCAGGCAGCCAACGGGUUCGCUUAUAAUGCCAGUCAGCAGCCGUACCCGGCGUCCGCCGCUCUGGGCGCCGACGGCGGCGAGUACCACCGCCCCGCCUGCUCGCUCCAGUCGCCGGCCAGCGCCGGGGGCCACCCCAAGGCGCACGAGCUGAGCGAAGCGUGUCUGCGCACUCUGAGCGGCCCGCCCAGCCAGCCCCCAGGCCUGGGCGACCCGCCCCUGCCCCCACCGCCGCCCCAGGCCGCGCCCCCUGCCCCACAACCGCCUCAGCCCCCGCCUCAGCCCCCGGCUCCCACCCCUGCUGCCCCUCCGCCCCCUUCUUCCGUCUCCCCCCCUCAGAAUACCAGCAGCAACCCUGCCCCCGCCAGCGCAGCCAAGAGCCCCCUGCUCAACUCGCCCACCGUGGCCAAACAAAUCUUCCCUUGGAUGAAAGAGUCGAGACAAAACACAAAGCAGAAAACCAGCGGCUCCAGUUCAGGGGAGAGUUGCGCAGGUGACAAGAGCCCGCCUGGGCAGGCUUCAUCCAAGCGCGCGCGCACGGCCUACACGAGCGCGCAGCUGGUGGAGCUGGAAAAGGAGUUCCACUUCAACCGCUACCUGUGCCGGCCACGCCGUGUGGAGAUGGCCAACCUGCUGAACCUCACCGAGCGCCAGAUCAAGAUCUGGUUCCAGAACCGCCGCAUGAAGUACAAGAAAGAUCAGAAGGGCAAGGGCAUGCUCACUUCCUCUGGCGGCCAGUCCCCAAGUCGCAGCCCUGUGCCCCCUGGCGCGGGUGGCUACCUGAACUCUAUGCAUUCGCUGGUUAACAGCGUCCCAUAUGAGCCCCAGUCGCCUCCGCCCUUUUCCAAGCCCCCUCAAGGCGCCUAUGGGCUGCCCCCUGCCUCCUACCCCGCGCCCCUGCCCAGCUGCGCGCCCCCGCCCCCGCCCCCACAGAAGCGCUAUGCGGCUGCGACGGCGGGCACUGGUGCGGGAGGCACCCCCGACUACGACCCACACGCUCAUGGCCUGCAGGGCAACGGCAGCUAUGGGACCCCACACUUACAGGGAAGCCCCGUCUUCGUGGGGGGCAGCUAUGUGGAACCCAUGAGCAACUCCGGGCCGGCCCUCUUUGGCCUAACUCACCUACCCCACGCAGCCUCGGCCGCCAUGGACUAUGGGGGCGCCGGGCCGCUGGGCAGCGGCCAUCACCAUGGGCCGGGGCCAGGGGAGCCGCACCCCACCUACACGGACCUUACUGCCCACCAUCCUUCUCAGGGAAGAAUUCAGGAAGCGCCCAAGCUCACCCACCUGUGAUGGUGGGCUCGGGACUGCGCGCCAGGAGAGCCCCCUCCCCUUUCUUUGCGUGCUUUUUUUUAAAGCUAUUUUUAAAGCUUUUUUUUUUCUCUUCUUUCUCUCGCUCUUCUCUGCGCCCCCCUCCCCAAUCCCUUUCCCUGUUUUGUUUUCUUUGGUAACGCGUUUUUAUAGUUUAUGUGACGUAGCAAUCUUGGUUGCUGGAAUGGUUGUAUCAGUAGCGAUAUUUCUCUCUCCCUGCCCCUCGCUCGGCCGCUGGCCCUGCAUCCUCUACCUUCUCCACUCUUUGAUCAGAAACAGGGUAUAUGAACAAAUUUUCUAGUCGAGUUUUCAAUGUGAAUUUGUUCGUAACAUUAUGGCUCCCGAGGGGAAGCGAUUAUUAUUUUUUUAAUUUUUAAGGUGUUUUUUUUUUUUAAAUUGCACUUCUUGUAAAGAACGAGAAAAAAAAUCAAAGGCGCUUUGAGACAGGGGCUCCCUGUGCAAGGAUGACUAAGUGUACGUCUUUCCGUGUGUGUAUGCUGGUGAACAGUAAGAUUUAUUUAUAUUUUUUUUGCAAGCAUUGAAUAAUCUAAGUUUUAAAUAUUAUUUAUCCCCAUCCGUUCGUAUUUAUAUUAAAGAAAUUCUGUACCCUGAUUGUUCAGAAGGUUUCUUGGGCCUUUUGUUCAAUAGUGUAUUGGCGUACAUAGAAAUUUUUUUAUUUGAAAGGGAAAUAUAAUUCCUUUAUAAAAACGAUAAUGAUGCAAUAAAAACCAGAGAAGAUCCAGCUUUAGAAAAUAGUGAUUGAGAUUUGUAACAUCCGGCGAAACAAAAAAAUAAUCUGUACACGCGAAAAAUGCUAAUUUGUUUUGAGAGUUCUACAUUCCUUGCUGCUCACAUUCUGAGAAACAAAACAAAAAAAAUUAAAGUUUUUAUUCUGCGUAUUAUCUGUGUUCAGAAGGAGUUCUUUGGCUUUAGAGGGGGUCUCCAAGCCAGGUGGCGGAGUAGGCCGCAGCAGCCUGCGGCUCUCGCGUGGAGGCUUGGCCAUGCGCCGCGCCGCCAAGGCCGGCGGCUUCUGGUGAAAGGCGGCCGGGGCUCCUGGAGGAGGCG